UAAAUUAUUGUGUUUUUUAUCUAUUUGCUAUUGUUUUUUAAGUUUAAAUAUUUAAAAUAUUGUUUUUAAAUAAUAUUUAAUGCAUUAUUGUUAUAUUGUAUAAUCUGCAAAAAUUAUAAAUGUUAUUGUAAUAUAUUUUUCAUAUUUAUAAUGAGUGCUAUUGAGGGUGUAACCAAAGAAAAGGGGUCGCGAUUGCAAUUGAACAAAUCAUUGAGCAAUACCGCUCAGUGGGUAAAAUUAAAUGUUGGAGGCACUUGUUUUUUAACUACAAAAACUACUUUGUGCAGAGAUCCUAAUUCGUUCUUAUGCAGACUGUGUUCAGAAGAAUCAGAUCUCAUAUCGGAUAUGGACGAAACGGGGGCAUAUAUGAUUGAUCGAGACCCAACAUAUUUUAGUCCUAUUUUAAAUUAUCUCCGACAUGGGAAAUUGGUUUUAAAUAAAAAUCUUGAUGAAGAAGGAGUAUUAGAAGAAGCCGAAUUCUAUAACAUUACCGAAUUAAUAGGCAUAAUUAAGGAAAGGAUUUUACAAAGAGAUAAAAAACUCUGUUCAGAACAAGUUAAAAAGCAUACAUAUAGAGUUCUACAAUGUCAUGAAGACGAACUUACAUGGAUGAUUUCUACUAUGUCUGAUGAAUGGAAAUUUGAACAAUUGGUAAAUAUUGGGUCAAAGUAUAACUACGGAAAUUAUGAUCAAGCAGAGUUUUUGUGUGUAGUAUCAAGAGAAGAAGGCAUUGUUGAUUCUCCAAAGACAGAAUCUACUGAUAAAGCAAAAGAAUUACAACAAAGAGCAUCUCGUAUGUGAUAUAUGCAGUCAACAAAGUCAAUGAUAAUGCAUGUGUGCUCAUUCUUUAAGACAAUAUAUAAUGUAACCAAAGAUCUAUGUAACAAAUCAAUAACAAUAUGUACAAAUGCUUGCCAGAAUACUAGAUAAAAAUUAAUAAUUUUUUGUUUGAAUGAUUUUGUAUAUGAUAAUUGUAUCACUACCAUUAAUUACAUAAUUUCAAUGCUUACUUUUUAUUAUAUUAUAGAAUAAUUACUACCCUAAAAUAUAUGUUAAAAUAAACUUAAAAGGUAGAGCCUGUAAAAUUUAUAAUAUUAAAAUGAAAUAAUUUUGAACAAUGAUAAAAUCAAGAUGUUGUUUUAAUUAUACUCGAAGUAGUAAUAAAAUAAAAGUAUUUAUCAACAGAAUUUUAUUUACAGGGCUGAAUGUCAGAAAAUGUAUCAAAUUUUUACUCUAUAUUAUUAUAAAUAAUUUUUUUUUUUUACUGUUUUGUAAAUUAAUUUCAUUGAAAUUUAAGUAUAGGUGUAAAUAUAUAAUAUUAUUCUGUUGUCUUUUUGGCUAUUUUUAUAAUAAUAAUACUGUAAAAGCUUCAAUUUAAUUUUAUGUAUAUUCCUUUACUAAUAUUCUAUUUAAACUUAUAUAUGCUUUAUAUUAUUAAUCUUGUAUACUCUUUUUUUACUUAUAAUCUAGACUUCUGUAAAGUGUAUUUAAACUAAAAAUUGUUGUAGGAUAUUUUAGUUAUAAUAUAAUAUUUCUAAGAUCAGAAGCGUGUUGAUAUUAAUUGACUUAUUAUAUUUCUGUGUUCAUAUUAUUUAAUCAUUAAGUAAUUUAUAUUAUAUAUUUGUUAAAAUCAA